AUGAAAUUCCUUCUGGCCUUUAUUGGCCUUUUACCGUUGGCAAGCGCCAUUGGUUUUCGAAGCCGUGCGUAUGUGGGUAUUUUAUUAUUUGGAAAGCUGAAAAUAGGUUGAAAAUCGAACGUUUUUUCACUGGAUGUCACUUUCAGCUUCAUUAUUUCGUGAAAGUCCGUCGUUUUUGUUUCGAAUUUUUUUUCCUACAGGAAGAAGGUUACCCUCUUGGUUUACCUUCCCUAUAGGGGUCACUAAAACUUGAAGAAGAGGCUUCUAUAGUGUACAUUCUGGUCGAUUAUGUUAUGAACUCUAUGGGAAGAAGCGUUCCCAUGCAAAAAGCUCAAUUAUAGUAUUUUAUUUGGGCUGUUUUCCCCUAACCCCUAUAGGCGUUCCUAAGCAAGAAUGAAAACGGAGAUAAAACGCGACAGCCAUUCUCAAUUUCAGAACAUCGCAGUCGAAGGCUUGCAAAUAUUCGGUUUCACUCAACCUCUGGAGGUUGGCGACAUUAUCAUCGUCAAUGGGAUCGGCAGAUCGAACCUCACCCAGAAAUAGUCAAUUUUUCACCGUUUCGAAUCAAAAACCGACCUUUUCCAAUGUGUCGCUCAUUUUCCGUAUUUCAGCCUCAAUUUCCUAUUGUUGGAAGGAGUGCCCCUUUCAAAAUCGUUAUACACUGCUUCCCUCAGUAUCAGUUCCGACUUGGACACCGGCAUAAUUUCCCUCAUGACAUAUACAGUGAGCGAAAAAAAACUUCUUCGUGCAAAUUGAGACUUUUUUGGAAAAAAAAAUCACAAGAUUUUGGAAAAUAAUACCUAUAUAGUCUGUGUACCACGAUUUGGAUUUUCAUCGAACGACAUUCCGCUGUUCCGCUGCAUCCCAGUAGUGUUAACCCCCCGGCAACCCCUCCCCGGGCCGUCCCUCUGUCCGACCCCCUGUCACGACCAUCCCCUCAAUACCAGUUUUUUUCGCUGGUAGUAUAGGGGUAGUAUAUUUUCUAAUAGUUUUUCGAUAAUCUAAAAAAAGGGAAACUAUAAAAAAAUUUUUUUCCAUAUAGAUUUUCCAUGAUUGCUCUCAUUUUCCCGUGUGUGUUUUUCGCUUCUUUCUAAAAAAAAAAGGUAGUGUAGGCCGUCCAGUAUUACUAGCUACAGUAAUACUUGUUACAGUACUACCAGCUACAGUAACGCCAGUUACAAAAUUUCGAUAACCACGUUUUCCUAAUGGAACAGUCCAUCUAUCAGAACGACCCAGCGUAACAGCGGAAUGUCGUUCGGUGGAAUUUUAAGUCGUGGCACACAGAGUAUAGAACAGCACAUUGCAAACCAAUCUUCUUCUUAUAAAAGUUUUUUUCAGGACUCUCAGGCUUUCGACGAAGAACUCAGAAAAGGGCCUAUAAAGCGCAACGGAGAUUUCAAGCUCAAGAUUCUGUUUUUUUUAACCAGGAUCUACCAAAAAAUGAAACUGAUUAAUUCAGAGUGCGCCCAAUUGAUUAUCAGAUCUUUUUCGACGACAAGCUUUUCUAUACCUACAAUUACCGCAGGCCAUCUUCCCUUGUGAGAUCUAUCGGAUUCGAAGGGAUGAAGUUCUCGAAAACAGAGCAAGUUUCAAUAUUUUUCUUAUUUUUGACAGCAGGAAAGAGAAAAAACUAUAACUCGGUCCUCAGUUACGGAAACCGGACGCGCGCAUGACGUUUCUGAGCAUUCCAAGUAAUCACUUAGGAGUGUUGAAGCCCUGAAAAGAUCACUAUAAAUGUUCAGAAACGUGCGUAUGUUAAUAUAACCGCGCAAGGCUUCACCGGGCCUUGACGUGUUAUUUAGAUGUGUGUAGAACCGACAUUGCUCUUGGAUCUUUAUUAGAGCAACUCAGCACCGCCAGUUGGUAUGCGUGCUGAGCGCAAGAGUGACAAUACAAGUAGGCAGCGUGCCAUUGGCACGCCUACAUGAUAGUACAUAUGGCAAUGAGGUCAGGUCAACUAGCGUCCUGUCACAUUAACAAGUUCCGAGAAAUCGAUUUUUUUUUUCCCAUAGAGCAAAUUUACUGCAAGAUACACUUUUGGCGUACACUCGGACUUUUUUUCUAUCUUUUUGGUUUCUCUUAUUUUUUUUUCUCAAAAGUAGGAACGUUUUUACUUUUUUCAAGUAUACCGUUUCGAAUGCAAUGAAGAGCUUUACAUAUAACCCUAUUUUUUCCAACUUAUAUUCGGACCUCGGUAACAAAAACCGGACGUUUCUGAACGAUUAUAGAGAUCACUUAAGAGUGCUGACGCCACUAAAAUAGUCACUAGUAAUGCUCCGACCCGUCCUAUUCGCGUUACUAAGGUCCGAGUAUGACUUCAAGACACAGAUACAUUUUUUAGUGUUUACUCGCAAAACUUUGGAGAGGAGUUAGCCGGAACACCGAAGAUCAUCACAGUGCAAAAUGGAAUGGUCUCCGUUUUUUGUGAGUUCAACGAUUUUCGUCUCGACUGAAAAAAAUCAUGACGGCAAGCCUAACAGUCGCCAAGAACUUGAAGAGGAAUAACCCGUUCAGUUUUCGAGUGUCUCUUUUUCCUCUCACUUGGUUAAAUAAUCAUGAGAACGAGAAAGUGAGAAGUCUUUUUCGAAUCGCCAAAACCAUUUCGAAAAGAGCAAGAUUUCGAGUCAGCCGCGACGCUUUGAGCCUUUCAACUGAAACCUUGAAUGCGUUUUUCAAGACGUUAAAAAAAUUUAAAAAAAUAGCUUUUCCAUUCUUUUUUUCAUUCAAUUCAAAUAAUCUUCAAAGUCAACUUUCCUAGAAACUUUUUUUAUGCUUUUCUUCUGUUCAACAUUUUUUUGAUUUCCAAAAAAAUUUAUAUUUCUAGGGUAAUAAAUUCUGAAAAAAAGCGGUGGCCUUUUUUUUCAGAGAUACUCUUUGGGUACUUUUGAACUCAUUCAAAAGUGCGUUCAAUUUUUCCUUUUUCUAAAAAUCCGCUUCCAGAUGGCUCUGUCAAAAUCCGGACUUUUGCGCCGUACACUCCAGUUGUCCGAGCACCUCCGUCUGGACCGGAACCUCCUCCGUUGAUCUAA